AUGAAGUUCUCACUCCCCUUUCUCGUAGCCGCCGUCGAGGCCGCCGUCAUCGGCCGCAGCUGUGAGGGCCCGAAGCCUGACGAGGAUGGCCGCUACACCAUCUCUUCGGAUGGCAUCAAGGCGCAGGCGCAGUUCAUCCCGUACGGCGCCACCUUGACGAACCUGUUCGUCAAGGACAAGAACGGCGAGGACAUCGACGUGGUGCUUGGCUACGACGAUGUUGAAUACUACCCCGUGGACCCCGGCCACCCGGUGUACAACGCCAUCCCCGGUCGGUACGCCAACCGCAUCGGCAACGGCAAGUACACGCUUGACGGCGUCGAGUACGAGACGGAGCAGAACGACGGCAACAACACGCUGCACAGCGGCACCAACAACUGGUCGUACCGCGUGUGGAACGUGACCGACUUCAAGGCCGACUCCAUCACCUUCUCCAUCCUAGACCCCUCCAACUCGUCCCAGGGCAUGCCCGGCGACGUCAAGGCGUCCGUCACCUACUCGGUCAAGGGCUCGACCUGGAACAUCAAGAUGACGGCUGAGUCGCUUGAGCAGAAGACCCCCCUCCUCCUCACCCAGCACACCUACUUCAACCUGGACGCCUUCCGCAACCCCGACACCUCUAAGAUCUGGGACCACACCCUGUACGCCCCCUACUCCAAACGCUACCUGGAAGCCGACCAAGCCGCGCUUCCCACGGGCGAGAUCCUGACGGCGGCGCCCAACUCGAUCAACGACUUCGCGUCGGCGCCGGGGCUCACCGUCGGGCACGCGCGCGACCAGCCCGGCUUCGAGGGCAACUGCGGGGCCGACGGCGCCUGCGAGGGCUACAACGGCUACUGGCUGAUUGAGGACGCGCCCAAGGACGCGGUGGUGGUGACGCUGGCCAGCAAGUUCUCGGGCGUCAAGGCCGAGCUGCGCACCGAUCAGCCCGGUGUGGUGCUCUACUCGUGCAACUGGAUGGACGGCUCGGCCGAUCUCAAGAGCACCCAGGGCAUUGAGGGCGUCAAUGAGAAGGUCAUUCGCAGCAGCUGCAUUGCCAUUGAGGCGCAGGAUUACCCGGAUGGUAUCAACCACCCUGAGUGGGAGCGCACCGAUGCGCAGAUCUGGGGACCUGGAGAGACGUACAACUGGGAGAGCUCGUGGACCUUUGGCCUGGUUUAA